AAUCACUUUGGUUCCAGACUUUUAAAUUCAGUUCUUCACGAUAUCUAGAUAUGUCUUUGACAAUGGCUGAUGGUGUAGAAGCUCCAGGAGGAAGAAGUAAAAGACAAAACAGCUUAUUAAGAAAACAACUUGCUUUAGCUGUAAGAAGUGUUCAAUGGAGCUACGCAAUCUUCUGGUCGUCUUCACUUACUCAACCUGGGGUUUUGGAGUGGGGAGAAGGAUGUUACAAUGGAGAUAUGAAGAAGAGGAAGAAGAGUUACGAAUCUCAUUAUAAAGAUGGUUUGCAGAGAAGCAAGCAGCUUCGGAAACUUUAUUUGUCGAUGCUUGAAGGAGAUAAUGGUACUACUGUUAGUACUACUCAUGAUGGUCACAAUGAUGAUGAUGAUAAUUGUCGUCGCAGUACAAAUAUGAUGCUGUCACCAGAUGACCUCUCUGAUGAAGAGUGGUACUAUUUAGUCUCCAUGUCCUAUGUCUUCUCUCCUUCUCAAUGUUUGCCUGGACGAGCUUCAGCGACGGGUGAGACCAUAUGGCUCUGCAACGCUCAAUACGCGGAGAACAAGCUCUUCUCUCGUUCUUUGUUAGCAAGAAGCGCAUCGAUUCAGACUGUUGUGUGUUUCCCUUACUUGGGCGGUGUGAUUGAGCUGGGUGUCACUGAAUUGAUUUCGGAAGAUCAUAGUCUGCUUCAACACGUAAAAUCUUGCUUGUUGGAAAUAUCUGCACACCAAGACAACGAUGAUGAGAAGAAAAUGGGAAUUAAGACCAUUGAAGAGAAGCAUCAGAUUCCAUUAGGUAUUUCUGAUGAAGACUUGCAUUACAAAAGAACCAUUUCAACAGUACUCAACUACGCCGCGGAUAGAUCCAGUAAGAACAUUCAUCACCGUCAACCAAAUACGGUGUCUUCUGAUUCUGGCUCAAGUUUCUUGCGGUGGAAGCAAUGUGAGCAGCCAGACCCGGGUUUUGUUCAGAAAAAACAGUCACAGAAUGUGUUGCGGAAGAUUUUGCAUGAUGUUCCUUUGAUGCACACAAAGAGAGUGUUCCCAAGUCAGAAAUCUGGUCUGAAUCAAGAUGAUCCUUCGGAUACAAGAAAAGAGAACGAAAAGUUCAGUGUCCUUAGAACUAUGGUUCCCACUGUCAACGAGGUUGAUAAAGAAUCGAUACUGAACAACACAAUCAAGUACUUGCAAGAACUGGAGGCAAGAGUAGAAGAGCUAGAAUCAUGUAUGGGAUCAGUUAACUUCGUAGAAAGACAAAGAAAGACGACGGAGAACCUUAACGACUCUGUGUUGAUCGAAGAGACAUCAGGAAACUACGAUGAUAGCACGAAGAUCGAUGGUAAUUCAGGAGAAACCGAACAAGUCACUGUUUUCAGAGACAAGACACAUUUGAGAGUUAAACUCAAAGAAACAGAAGUUGUGAUCGAAGUAAGAUGUUCUUACAGAGACUACAUAGUUGCAGACAUCAUGGAAACUCUGAGCAAUCUUCACAUGGAUGCUUUCUCUGUUAGAUCUCACACACUUAAUAAGUUCCUCACAUUGAAUCUCAAGGCCAAGUUUCGUGGGGCUGCAGUUGCGUCCGUAGGAAUGAUCAAGCGAGAGCUGAGAAGAGUCGUUGGAAGUCCUGUGUAUUAUGUGCUCUUACAAUGUGGGACAAAGGAAUACCGUAGCAAAAUGUCAAAAGGUGAUAAUGACAGUGCAUUGUGGAACCAAAAGUUUGUUUUCGAUUUCCCAAUGUCUCAAUGGAAGAAGCUGACCUACAUCAAAUUUAGAAUCAUGGACAAAGAGCUCUUCAAAGAUGGUGGAUUUGUCGGUGAAACCAUAAUUCAUCUUGGAGGGAUAAUAACCGAAGGACGUGACAGAGGAUACAUGGAAAUUAAACCAGCUCCAUACAAUGUUGUUCUUGAAGACAACACUUUUAAAGGCGAACUAAAAGUCGGAUUGAGAUUCAUUGCAACGGAUAAAUUGCAGAGGAAAGCAUGGGAACUGAAGAUUGAGGCCAAAAACAGUGAAGAGCCAAUGGUUUCUCCAAUUCUGAAUCUAAUGAAACUCCCUUUGCUAAGAUUAAAGAUGGAGAAUUUAUCGAAUCCAGAUGAAAACGACGACGUGGGUUAUCAUCAAUCACCUAGAUCCAUUGACCAAAAUGAUCAAUCAGCAGCAGAAACUCCGGUUUACUCGACGAUGAGCAUAGAUUCCUUUGUUUAUCCUCGAACUUGUUCAGAGAGCACUUCAGGUUUUUCAGACCAGAUAGAUGAAACCAACAGCUUCUGUAGUGAAGCUUCUCCUUGUAAUUGGCCUGUCCUCACUGAAUCUAAGAGCUCCAAAUGUCUCUCUGGUUUAGAGAUGCAAUCAAAUGAAAGUCUUGCAGUCCAAGAAAUUUCAGAACCAGAACUUGAGACAAUGAAGGAAAGAUUCGCAAAGCUUCUACUUGGAGAAGACAUGUCAGGGAGUGGUAAAGGAGUUUGCACUGCAGUGACGAUCUCAAACGCAAUUACCAAUCUUUAUGCUACAGUGUUUGGACAGAAUCUGAGGUUAGAGCCGUUAGAAACAGAGAAGAGAGCAAUGUGGAAGAGAGAGAUGAAUUGUCUCUUAUCUGUAUGCGAUUACAUAGUCGAAUUCAUCCCUAGAUGUCAGAAUCUAAGCAAUGGAGCUACUGUUGAGGUGAUGGAGAGUAGACCAAGAGCAGAUAUCUAUAUCAACUUACCUGCAUUGAGAAAGCUAGAUUCAAUGCUUAUGGAAGCAUUGGAUAGUUUCCAAAACACAGAGUUUUGGUAUGCAGAAGAAGGAAGUUUGUCGAUGAAAUCAGCGCGUUCUUCGACUGGAUCAUUCAGGAAAGUUAUUGUACAAAGGAAAGAAGAGAAAUGGUGGUUGCCAGUUCCUCUAGUGCCACCAGAAGGUUUGUCAGAUAAAGCCAGAAAACAACUCAAAAACAAAAGAGAGAGUACCAAUCAGAUUCACAAAGCUGCAAUGGCUAUCAACAGUAGCAUUCUCAGUGAAAUGGAGAUUCCAGAGUCUUACAUGACAACUCUUCCAAAGUGUGGUAAAAGCAGUGUUGGAGAUUCUAUUUACCGUUACAUGAGUGGUUCGGGUCGGUUUUUCCCAGAACAACUGUUAGAUUGUCUGAACAUAGCCUCUGAGCAUGAGGCUGUUCAGUUAGCAGAUAGAGUAGAAGCUUCCAUGUACACAUGGAGACGCAAAGCUUGUCUUAGUAACUCUAAGAACUCAUGGAACAUGGUGAAAGAUCUUAUGUCAAAUACAGAGAGAACAGACAAGAACUAUGUUAUGGCUGAGAGAGCAGAGACUCUGCUCUUCUGUUUGAAACAGCGUUAUCCAGAAUUGUCUCAGACAUCAUUAGAUAUAUGCAAGAUUCAGUACAAUAAGGAUGUUGGAAAAGCUGUGUUGGAGAGCUAUUCAAGAGUACUUGAAGGUUUAGCUUUUAACAUAGUUGCUUGGAUUGAUGAUGUUCUCUAUGUAGACAAAACCAUGAGAGGUAGUGAAUAAGUUGUACGUACUAGACUUUUGAGAAGAGUUCUAUGUUUCUGUUUCCCUCUCUUGUAAUGUAAAAUCAAAUGUAAGAUCCUUGAAAAGAUAUACAUAUAUUAUUAGUAAUCUGCUAAGUUUCCCCAUUAAGGCCACUGAAAGAGCAAAAAGAGAGACUAAAGUGUUCAGAAUAUAAAAAUUUCAGGGGAAU